AUGUACUGUCACCGCCAAAGAAGCGGUGGAGACGUUGCCGACACAUCCAGAGCCAUCAUAUUUGUUACUAUGCUGUCUUUCCCACUAUAUCUCUUUUUGUAUCUUUAUUCUCCCUCUCUAAUAUUUCUUAGCAGUGCUCCUCCCCAUCUUUGCUUCUCCAGGUUUUCCUUCUUCAUUUCUCUUAGAGUCCGUCUGCGCCCCCCUCUUUAUCUUUCCUUCUCCUCCCCACUUGGAGUUCCGACUUUCCUCCCUCUCCGUCUUCAUAAUUUCCGUCUGCCCCACUCUCCCUAUGGUCUCCGUUUUUUGUUACAACCCACACCUUUGCGUCUUUUUCCCCACCGCACUCAUUCUUCCUGCUUUUUAUAUCUCUUGGUGUUCUCUCUCUUAUUUUUGUUUUGUUUUAUUUGUUCCCUCUCUUUUAAUUUCCAUCGUUUUCUCCGUAAAUAUUCAUUGUUUCCCGCCUCUUGUAUUUCUCUUCUUUCUUUUCCUUCUCUUUCUAUGACUCCCUCCUUUUUAUAUUUCCCUCCUCUUCUCUCUGCAUUCCGUACUACUACUAUCUAUCUAUCCUUCUUUAUUCUCUUUAUCUUCAAGCUUUCUCGGUAUUCCUCAGUCAUUUAUUGUCUGUGGUAUAAAAACGCCUUUGUUAUUCGAUUUACUCUGGUUUUGCUCUCAGAAUCAGUUUCUGCUUUCUUUCUUUUUUUCUCCUUUACCUGCUUCUUUCUUUCUUUCUUUUCAUUACCUGCUUCUUGCUGCUUUUACUUUCACACUGUUUAG